AUUUUUAUAUAGAAAUGAUCUCAUUUAAGGUAUCUGCACCAGGAAAAGUUAUUUUGUUUGGAGAACAUGCUGUAAUGUAUGGAAAGACUGCCUUAGCAGCUAGUUUAGAUUUACGUACAAAUUUAAAAUUUCAAGAACUACAAGAAGUAGAGAAAAUUAUGAAAUUAAACUUUCAUAACAUAAAUUUGGUUGUGAAUGUACCAAUUCAACGUAUACAAACAUAUAUUUCUAUUUAUAAAUCUCAUCAACUAGAAAAUAAUCAUGACAAUUUUUAUGAUCAUAUUCAACAAUUCGUACACGAUAUUGGAUAUAAUAAUUCACAUCAAAAAUUAAGUUUAGAAGCAUUUUUUUAUUUGCUCAUAUAUGUAUCCAAUAAAGAAGAAAUUGAUGUAAAACCUGCAGAAAUAAAUUUGAAUACAGAAUUAUCAAUUGGCGCUGGACUUGGAAGUUCAGCUUCAUUUGCAGUUUGUUUAUCAGCUUGUUUUCUUCAUUGGUCACGUUUGCAAAAGAAUAUCUAUAAAACUUUAGAUAUAAACGAUUUGAAACUGAUAUCAAAAUAUGCAUUUGAAUGUGAAAAGAUUUUGCAUGGUACACCAUCUGGAAUCGAUAAUUCCAUUUGCACUUAUGGAUCAAUAAUAGAAUUUAGAAAAAAUAAUUGUAUGAACUCAAUACUUAAUGUAAAGAAAAUGAAAAUUUUAUUGGUAGAUACUAGAGUUCAAAGAAGCACUAAAACAAUAAUAGAUAAAUCAACGAAAUUGAAAUGUAUGUAUCCUACUGUUAUUGAUUCUAUCAUGGAUUCUAUAGAUAACAUAUCAAAAGAAGCAAUGAAAAUUCUUAAACAAGAUACAAAUCAAACUCAGAAUAAUAGUAAAAGAAAAUGCGAAGAGUAUGAAGAAUACAAUCAAUUAAUGAUGCUUAUCAAUAUAAAUCAAAGUUUAUUAGCAGCAUUGCAAACAUCUCAUUCAUCAUUAGAUAGAAUAUGCGCAGAAGCUCAAAAUUAUGGAUUUGGUGCUAAGUUAACAGGUGCCGGCGGUGGAGGACAUGCUUUUGUUUUAUUACCACCAGAUACGCAACCUGAAAUCAUAUCAAGUAUUUCACGAAAAUUAAUUGCAGAUGGUUAUUGUGUUACAUUGACAAGCUUAGGUGGUGCUGGUGUUUCAAUAGAUGAAUAAGUUACUAUUUUUAUGAUUAUUUUAUGAAUAUCAAUAAAUAAACAAUUUUGUUUUGUGUCAUCUA